AGUUGAUAGGAUCCUGUCUGGAUUCUUUAAGUCCCUAGAUUGAGUCAGUAGUUUUGUCAGUCAGGGGGAGUAGCGUCUAAGUGGUGAGAAGUGGAACCAUUGUCUGGUUGUGCACCUAUCACCACGGUUGACUUUCGUAGUGGGAAGAGUACUGUCCCCCAAUCCGAGGCCGAGUAGGCCCGGAUCGCCGCCAUCCUGAGAGAGAGAAAAGAGAAGAAAGAGCUCCUCAAGCAGGCGAAGCUAAAGCCUAUAGCAGAGGAGCAGACAGCGAAGAAGAAGUUAGAAGAGGAGAUGUUGAGAUUCAAGAAGGAGAAGAUGAUAAUGUUAGAGCAGGAGGAAGAAGAGAAGAGAAAGGCUGCCGAGGAAGAAGUAGCGGCAGAAGAAGAGGAGGAGGUAGAGGAAGAACCCCUUGAAAGGAGGCGAGGAGAGUUUGCGCGCGACGUGGUGACCCACGUCGGGGCCGAACUCAAGAAGCUAAAGGAAGGCGCAGAGAAGUUUUGUGCCGGCGCCAUUGAGGGUGCAAAGGUAGUGGCCACAGCAGAGGCCGAGUCGCGUCCCCGCAAAGAGCCUGUACAACUCAAGUUUCCUAAUUCUUAUAACUGGAAGAAGGACGAAAGUUUUGACAACUGGGAAGCCAGUGUCAAUACUUAUGUGUAUUUGCAACAUAUUGCCCCCGAGGAGCAAGUCCUCGUCGCCUUCCAUGCAUUGAAGGACGAAGCGGCCAGCUUCGCCAGGUCCCUCACGCGCGCUGCCGAUUGUGGGCAUAACAUGAUUGCGUAUUCUAGACUCACCCCUCUCUCCACUUUUCUCAAACUCCUGCGCGAGAGGUUUGCUGACGUCACGAGAGGCGUCAGGGCCUCUAACAAGCUCCAAACCAUCCACUUGCGGCAAUUGAGGAGUGCGAGAGCACUCAAAGGUGUCAUGGACGACUUGGUAGCCGUCCCGGACCAUGGGGUCACUAAGACCCAGUUGCUUAAGAAAGAGGCGAUCUGGCAGUGGGAUAAAGAUUGCACGUCUGCGCUAAAGAAAUUGAAGCACGCGUUGAUAGAGUACCCUGUCCUCAAAGUAGCAAAUCCGUCCUUGCCAUUUGUUGUCACCAUGGACGCGAGUCAGUAUGGUAUAGGCGCCGUGUUACAGCAGGACGACUAUGAUGGCUACAAACCCGUAGAGUUCAUGUCGGGGAGGAUGCCCUCAGAGAAGGUUGCUACCUCCACGUACGAGAGGGAACUCUACGCUCUCAGGCAGGCCUUAGAACACUGGAAGCAUUACCUGCUUGGGAGGCACUUCAAGGUGUAUUCAAACCAUGAGACACUUAGAUGGCUGAAGACACAAGCCAAAAUGACACCUAAGUUGACUAGGUGGGCCGCUGAGAUAGACCAGUACGACUUUGAGCUCAAGCCAGUUAAGGGCAAGUAUAAUGUAGUUGCGGAUGCUCUGAGUAGGAGAUCAGACUACUUUGGAGCUAUCGUUCACUAUCUGGACAUAGGGAGUGACGUGCAGGAGAAAGUUAGACAGGCUUAUGCGCAUGACCCUAUCUAUAGUGACCUCCUCAAAAGAGUUAAGGCGGCCCCAGAGACCGAGCCAGAUUACCGCACUAGAGGGGUGCGUGUGGGAAUCCGAAUGUACAAAUAUGUGGCCGAAGAACGAGCUGCAGGAAGGAUGCCUUUUAUCGAUCCAUUCAAAAAGCGCUAUCCUCAUUCCUAUCAUGGAGUUCCUCUAGGUGGCAUCGGGGGAGGUAGCAUUGGGCGCGGGUGGAGAGGGGACUUCCGGCGGUUUCAGUUAUUACCUGCUGUAUGUGAAGAGGAACCAGUUAUGGCUGAUCAGUUUUCGGCAUUUGUAUUCCGUGGCAAUUAUGGACGUGAGCUACAGUCAUACAGCUCAGUGUUGUAUCCGGGGAAAAAGGAGGAGACGUCCAAUCGAGAGCUCAUGGCGGCGGCAACGGAGGCAGGGCUUGGAGAGGAAGAGGUUGGGAGAGGAAUUUGGCUGAGCGUGAUGUCAUCUAGGCCGAUUUGCGAGAGAGUAGAGGUGGCAGUGAUUGUGGCAGAAGCAGAGGCAGCGAGAGAAUUUGUGGAUGUAGAAGCGGAAAGAGUAGAGGCUGCAGUGACCGUGGCAGAAGUAGAGGUAGCGAUAGAAGUUGCGGAUGUUGAAGCGGGAAAAACUUGGAUAUUUGUAGCAGUUGUCGAUGGUGAGGUCUUCGACAUCUUGUUUGGUGGCGAUUUUGUCAGAGAACCUGCAGGGCAAACAAAAGAAACCGGGAAGGCAGUCAGAAAGAAUGGGAGCAAGUGACCGAAAAGCUCAUUAAAGGAUUUCUUUGUAUACAAUAUU